AUGGCCGACGCUGCACACGUCAUUGCCCCAAGCGGCGGGUGCAACGGCUGCGCCAAUAACGCCACGACCCUUCAGUGCCCAACGUGCCUGAAGCUCAGCAUCAAGGACAGUUAUUUCUGCUCCCAGGACUGUUUUAAGAGGAAUUGGAAUGAACACAAGGCCCUGCACAAAUCGACCGAGGACGCCUCAAAAACGACUGGGGCCCUGCAUAACCCAUUUCCUGAUUUCCAGUAUACAGGAUCGGUACGGCCUGUCUAUCCGCUCUCGGCGAGACGCACCGUCCCCAAGUCGAUUCGCCAGCCAGACUACGCCGACACUGGCGUGCCCACCAGUGAGCGCAUGCUCAACCGAGCCAAGGUAGACAUCCUGGACAAAACUGCACAGCAGGCGAUGCGCAAAGUUUGCCGGCUAUCUCGAGAGGUUCUGGAUAUUGUUGCUGCAGAGGUCAAGCCGGGCGUCACGACAGACUACUUGGACCAGGUCUGCCACAAGGCCUGCCUGGAGAGGAAUUCGUAUCCCUCGCCGCUCAACUACAGAAACUUUCCCAAGUCGCUUUGCACUUCGCCCAACGAGAUUGUCUGCCACGGCAUCCCCGACCAGAGGGUCCUGCUCGACGGCGACAUUCUCAACCUCGACGUUUCCAUCUACCACGAAGGCUACCAUGCAGAUCUAAACGAGACAUAUUAUGUCGGCGCCAAAGCCAAAGCCGAUCCAGACAAUAUCCGUCUCAUCGAGACGACGCGCGAGUGCCUCGACGCCGCCAUCAGCAUUGUCAAACCAGGCACGCCCAUCCGAGAAUUCGGCGAGGUGAUUGAGAAAAUGGCCAAUGAGCGAGGAUGCAGCGUCGUCCCUACCUGGGGCGGCCACGGCAUCAACACCAAUUUUCACCCGCCCCCGUGGAUCCCUCACUACGCCAAGAACAAGGCCGUCGGCGUGUGCAAAGCCGGCAUGGCGUUUACUAUUGAGCCGAUCCUAGCGCUGGGAAAAUCGAAAGAAAUGUACUGGCCGGAUAAGUGGACGAACGCGACCGUGGACGGCAAGAGAACUGCCCAAUUUGAGCAUACUCUACUGGUAACGGAUUACGGCGUCGAGGUAUUGACAGCUCGAAACGAACAGUCGCCUGGCGGUCCGAUACCCAUGCCAAUCGCGGCCACUACGCGCUAG